AUGAACGGACAAUCUCCUUACGGGUCGACUCCCGGUGCGGAGUAUUACUACGAAAAGGACCAGUUCGCGACGCCAACGCCUUCACCUCGGGGCCCGGUCUAUUACUAUGCGUCCACACCGCAACGGCCUCAGACCCGAGCACACUUCCGGCACGUCAGCUGCGGCGUGAACGACUAUCCCAGCCCGCGGCCAGCCGCCUUCUCCCCGCGGUACAACAGCGAGGGCCACUACUCGACCAACGCUGCCACGGCCAAUACGCGAUACUACGAGGAGCCGCGUCGCCCUGCCGCCCACGCCCGCCGUGCUUCUCAGUCCAUGCCGCAGCGGCCUCAGACCGCUCGGCCUUCUGGCCCCCACCAACACAAGGCCCCGCCUGCCACCAGGAAGGCCACGGAGGCCGACGCCACGAACUGGGGAAUUCCCAAGGGCUACUCGCUGAAGAACUGGGACCCGACAGAGGAGCCCAUCCUCCUGCUCGGCUCUGUUUUUGAUGCAAACAGCCUGGGCAAGUGGGUGUACGACUGGACUGUGUACUCGCGCGGCUCGUCGACCCCCAUCUCUGAGGUGGCCGGAGAGCUCUGGCUCCUCCUCAUCCAGCUCGCCGGCAAGAUCAAGCGCGCCACCGAGGCUGUCCCCCGCAUCCGGACCCAGGACAACAAGGAAAUGUUCGAGGGCUUCAUCUCGUCCGGCCAGCGCCUUACAGACAAGCUCCAGAAGCUGCUCAAGCUGUGCGAGAAGCCCAUGCUCACAGCCGGUAGCAAGAAGGACGCCCAGCUUGGUCAGCGGUCCGGCAUCGAGUUUGUGCAGACCCUCUUCGGCAGGGACCGCGAGCUUAACAAGACGGAAAAGUUCAUGCAGUCGGUCCGGCUCUGGAACCUGCGCUUCGAUGCCAACUGUGAGGACGUCCUCAGACAUCCCGAGCAGUAAAUCAACACAUCACCUCAAAUAGCCAUCAUCAUCAUCAUCAUCAUCAUCAUCAUCAUCACAACCAAACUGCAAGACAGACAAGAACACAUAAAAACACAACAAAAAAAAAAAAAAGGAAGAGAGAAAUAUCAAGACAAACGGAAGGGGGAAAAACCAAUGUCGGAGCGGCGCUGUACGAUACCAUCUCUUUCUUUGAUCAACGGGGUUUUCCUUUGGGUCACGGGUUUCCCUCUUGGUCAUACAACAAUACCCAGAGACUCACGUCUCGCGGUGGCUGUCAUCUUUCUGGUCUCUUUUCUAUUUUACAAUGAUACCCAGGGAUCUUUUUUUUCCUUCAAUAUCCUCCCUCCCCCUCCAAACGUCGCAUGUAUCAACACGCUUCACGCGACCAACAAACACACGACCAGAAGCAGGCGACAGCAACCGUCCCUUUUCAACGGACGAGCACAGAGUUGAAUAUUAUUAUUUUGUCAG